AUGGCUGGGGAGUUUGGGCGCAUCCAGUUGGGCACCUACGUGGAGAUCAAGCGCAGCGAUGGGCGCAUCCACCCGGCACUGGUGACAGAGCUCCAUGAAAGCACUUCCAGCAUCACUGUGGAGUGGCUCGAGAAAGGGGCAAACAAGAGCAAGCAGGUGGAUCUCCAGCUCGUCUUUGCCCUCAACCCCCUGGCCCCAAGGAGCACAUCCACAACCAGCAUCAAGGCCCCACUGUCAGCAAAAGGGGACCAGAGCCUGGUGAGUGAAUGGCUGUCGCAGCCCAUCAAAGUGAAGAACCCAUCUGGGGACAGCAGGGGCCCUGUGGCUGCCUGGCCUGGCUCCAGGGGCUGCAGACCCAGGUGGACAUCACCAUGUGUGCGGCAGAUAGAAAGGCUGUGAGAACAGCGGGAACACCAGCGGCUGGAGGUGCAGGAGCAGCAAGCCCAGCAGGCCACUGCUUCACUCCACCCCAGGACUGAUGUGAUUGCCAUGAUCCAGAAAUGCCGCAGCCACCUGGACUGCGAGGCACUGUGGGCCACCACACCAUGCUGGCCCCAUCGCAACUGCAUGUGUGUUCGGAGGCGGCCACUGAACCAACAGGAGGCUGAGCUCAACGACUUCGAUGUAGUGACAGUGCCCUGCCAGGACACGGUGACGGUGCAUGAAGCUAAGCAGAAGCUGGACCUCACAUGGCACCUGGACAACCAGGUCUUCUGCUUUGACCAUGCCUUCGAUGAUUGUGCCACCAAUGAGCUGGUGUACAGGCACACCGCCCAGCCCCUGGUGGAGACCAUCUUCCAGGGGAACAUGGCUACCUGCUUUGCCUAUGGCCAGACAGGCGGCAGCAAGACACACACCAGGAGGGGCAGUUUCUCUGUCAAGAACUCUGAGCCCUCCAAAGGGAUCUACCUCCUGGUUGCCGAGGAUGUCUUCCACAGGCUGCAGGACCCCAGCUGCCAGAAACUGGAGCUUCAAGUCUACGGGGCCUUCUUUGAUAUUUAUGGGAGCAAAGUGUUUGACCUUCUGAACUGGAAGAAGCACCUGAGGGUGCUGGAAGACAGUAAACAGCAGAUCCAAGUGGUGGGGCUGUGGGAGGAAGAAGUCACCGGUGUGGAAGAUGUCAUCAAGCUAAUUGAAACAGGUAGCAAGUGUUGCACGUCAGGCAAGACCUCUGCCAACACUCACUCCUCACGGAGCCAUGCCAUCUUCCAGAUCAUGCUCAAGAGAGGGCAUUUGUAUGCCAAGUUUUCCGUGGUUGAUUUGGCUGGGAAUGAGCGAGGAGCUGACAUCUCCACUGCAGACAGGCAAACAACGCUGGAGGAGGAUGAUAUUAAUAAAAGCCUCUUGGCACUCAAGGAGUGUAUGAGGGCAUUGGGGCAUAACAGAGCCCACACCCCGUUCAGGGCUAGCAAACUCAGCCAGGUCCUGAGGGACUCAUUUAUAGGGGAAAACUCCUGUACCUGCAUGAUUGUCACUGUCUCUCCAGGAAUGAGAUCCUGCAAGCACACCCUUAACACCCUAUGGUACGCCAACCGUGUGAAGGAGCUGGUGGUGAAUUUAAAUUCCCUUGGACAACCCUGUCAGGAGGUGUUCAGGUUCCCACGUCAGCUGAAGGACAUGAAGAAACCCCGGAUGAUUCAGAACUGUCCCAGGACAGCUGAGUUACAGCUAUUUGUGGUUCAGGCAGACAAGGAAGUCUCCCCCCAGCUAUUUACUUUCAAUGCUGAGGGGAAAACACAGAAGAAGAGAAAAGAAGUGGAUGAGAAAACGCUUAUGGAGGAGCAUCAGGAAUCUCUGCAGCGGUUGACAGUAUUCUUAGAAGUGGCUGGGGAAAUAGACUACAAUGUAGAUUUUUACGCUGCACAGUUUGAAUCAGUCGUGGGUCAAAAAAUUGGCAUCCUGACCGAGAUCCAAGAAAAAGUCAGAUUAUUCCGGUCAGCUCUUUGCAAGGAAGAACAGGGCAGCAACCAGACCUGCACAAAGAGAUCCCAUACGCUGUAA